CCUCCUUCGGUUGCACCACCGCUCUCGUCCAGCCCCGCCUUUCCUGGCCCCUCCCUGUCAAGCAGCAUGGCCGCGGUGCUGCAGGGCCCGGAGCCUUGGAACCGCGUGAGAAUCCCUAAGGCGGGGAGCAGCACUACAGUGACAGUACAGGACCUCGGCGAGUCCUUGGACCUUUGUGUUGCAGCUGUAAUCAAAGAGUGCUCUCUGGUUACACUGUCACUGAAGAGCCAGACCUUAGAUGCAGAAGCAGGUGUGUUAUGCGCGGUCCUUUACAGCAAUCACUACAGAAUGGGCCGCCACAAGCCUCACUUGGCCCUGAAACAGGUUGAACAAUGUUUAAAACGUUUGAAAAACAUGAACUUGGAGGGUUCCAUUCAAGAACUGUCUGACUCGUUUUCUUCCAAUGAAAAUCAGCCUUUAACAACUGAAGUGCGUAUCAUUCCCAGCCAGCCAGUGGUAGAAUUGGUGCUGGUGAAGAUUUUGGGAGCCUGUAAAUUAUUACUUCGCUUGAUGGACUGUUGCUGCAAGACAUUUCUCUUGACUGUGAAACACCUAGGUUUGCAAGAAUUCAUUAUUUUAAACCUUGUGAUAGUUGGGUUGGUGAGCAGAUUAUGGGUUCUCUAUAAAGGUGUUUUAAAAAGGCUGAUUUCUUUAUAUGAGCCAUUGUUUGGAUUGCUUCAAGAGGUCUCUAGGAUUCAACCAUUGCCUUACUUCGAAGAUUUUAUCUUUCCUUCUGAUAUUAUUGAAUUUUUAGGACAACCCUAUUUUGAGGUCUUUAAGAAAAAUAUGCCUGCAGCUUUUGCAGCUAAAGGAGUAACUAAAUUGCUAAAUAAACUGUUCUUAACAAAAGAGCAGUCACUGAGAUGCAGUGAAGAAACUUCACUUAGAAUUUCCAAAAAAACUAAACAAAUGAAGAUCAAUCUACAGAAUAAUGUGGAUCUUGGAGAGCCAGUAAAGAAUAAGAAAAUCCUCAAAGAAAAAUCAUGUGGAUUUGAUGUGAGAGCUUUCUGCAGACAGCUGAAACACAAAGCUAUUCAGGAGGCCAGCUCUGAGCUUAAAUGUCCUCAGCCCCACCUAAAAGCAACCAAACAUUCUUCUCAGGAAGUGAUAGGAACUCCUUGUGCCGAAAGUUUGGUGCAAAGAUUGCAAGAGGCUGAGACUUUCAUACAACUUUCUGAAGAAAUCCAAAUGGCGAUUUUAUGGUGCAGGAGCAAAAAACUCAAGGCUCAGGCUUCCUUUCUGGGCAACAAACUUCUUAAAAGUAACCGCCUUAAACAUGUGGAAGCCCAAGGUUAUAGUUUGCCCAAGAAACUAGACUGCAUAAAAACAUCUAUUUGCAACUGCCUUCUUCGUGGCUCAGGUAGCAAAACUUCAAAGCAUCAUCUGAGACUAAGAAGAUCACAGAAUAAAUUUUCACUGAGACAGAGAAAACCACAGAGAAAGCUGCAGUCGACUCUUCUGAAGGAAAUUCAGCAGUCCGCCCAACGGACUCAGCCUUUUACAGUUACCAGCAGACAGAGACUCUCACACUGUACAGGUCAUAGAACUGAUCUGAACCCUAACAGUAAGCAACCCUUGAGCAGCACAGUUUCCAACCCCGUCUUACAAACUAAGGAGAAACAAAAUCGUGAAAAUCUAACAGGGAGGAAUGAAAAUGAAACUGACUCAUGGACAGUGAUGCAAAUAAAUAAAGAUACAUCAGGAAUCAGUAAGGAGACAGAUGAUAUUGAUGAUAUUUUUGCUUUAAUGGGAGUGUAGAUGCUAAGUGAGAUCUUUAAGUGAUUAGCAGACUAGUUCAGUUUUCAGCUAUUUUAAGUGAAACUCCUGAGAUCUGCAAAGAUCUGAAAGCACCACAUGGACUCAGAGAAGAGCUGAUUUAGUGCAGCAUUAUAAAGCAGAUCAUUUCGGUUCAAUAAACAUUUUUAGUAGCUUUGUGUCAUUUAAAUAAUUUACUACUAAACAGUCAAAUCUGACUUUGACUAAAUGCUGUUAAGAAAAAUCGACCAUAUCCUGCCUUGAAAAGCAGAUGUAAUUCCUUACCUUCAUGAAGCUGGUAGGUUUCAGAAAAACUGAAUAAUUUUAUGCCUUACCAGGGAAUUAAGAUCCAAAUAAUUAGGUUUGCAAAAACCUACCCUGUGCCUUAAGAUAAAUAGGGAGUGGAAGUGGGGAGUAGCAAGGAAGCACCUAAAAGGCCACUCUGACCUUACUGGCUGGGUUAUAGGCAAGUCCACUUCUGGACAACAAGGUCUGUAGCUUCUAAUGGUGGUGCUGUCUUGUUGAUGUAUUAGAAUUGGUCAUCAAAGGAACUCAAAAGUUUUGCCACUAGUUGUAUUACCAGGGACUGGUCACAACCAUUAUUUCACUAUUUAUUCACCUUAAUUCAUAGAACAGCAUAUUAAUAUGCUUUUGGAAAUUUCCGAAAGUUUGUGGGAUAUUUUGGUUUAUUUAUAGGGUAUGAGUAACUGAUUCCAAAAAGGAUAUAAUGUGACUCAUGGUUACACAUACAAUACAAUAGGAUAACAAAGUAGAAGUGGGUAGAAAGUUAAAUGAAAAAAUAAAACUAGGAAACACAAAAUAGACCCAGGAAUGAGGCUAAACAUAAAUUUAUAAUUUGGGACUGAUGCUGUCAUUUGAUAUUUGUAAGUUGCUUGUUCAAGUGUUCUGAGAGGUGAAUCUUAGAUAUUUUCAAAUAAUGAUGUGAAGUUUGAAAUAAUUUUUCAAAUGUUCUAGCUUACUAGAAAGGCUGAUAAGCUUCUCUGUUAAGUAGGUUGUAGCCUUAAGUUUUCUUUAUAUACAGACAUAAAAAAUACAACAAUGCAUUGAUA